AAUUCUGCCUUCAAGCGCUCUAGAACAAAUCAGCUGGCGUUCUUAUAAAAAGCAUUAUUAUUUUUCGUUACAUUUUGUUAUCAUUAACAGACGCGUCCAAUUAGUGAUUACCUUUUUAUUGGGCCGAGUGCAAAAAGCUCUUCACUGCUAAAAAACCGAGCAGUUCUCACAGUACCUCGCACUGAACCCUUUUCAAAUCGCCAAUCUCCAAGAUGUCCUCCGGAAAGAUCCUGCCACGUCGCCAGGCGGUUCCCGUCCUCUACACCAGGGGCACCCACUACGAAGUUGGCUUCGACAUGGGCCGCACAUUUGGGUCCAUGAUCAAGAACUUUCUGAUCUUAUCGAAGCCCCUCAACGAGACCUACUUGCCGCUCUACCAGUCCCCGAAAGGCAGGCAGAUCUACAACGAGACCCUGGGAUCGGUGAAGGACAGCUUCCCGCAGUAUGUUCGCGAACUGGAGGGCGUGGCCGAUGGUGCGGAGGUGGAAUUCCAUAAGCUAUUUUUACUGCACCUGGACGAGAUUCUGCCCCAGGCAUUGAAGCACCAGCCACGUAGCAAAAACCAACCCACCGGCUGCUCCACCAUCAUUGUCAACCAGAGGAAUUGCCGACUGUUGGGCCACACGGAGGAUGCGCUCACGGAGACCCUGAACCACUACUACUUCGUGGUGGCCCACAUCAUCAGCGAUAAGCCGCAGGGCAAGUACAACGUCAAGGAGGAGCACUUCAUGUCCCUCUGCUACGCCGGACACCUGCCCGGAUACACCAUGAGCCAGAAUCACCACGGACUGGUCUUCAGCAUUAACACCAUCAGUGCGGAGCUCUUGCGCAGCGGCAGAACCCCGCGACACUUCAUCACCCGAGCUCUGUUGGCCACCAGCAACGUGGACGAUGCGUUCCGGGUGCUCAAGGAUGCGGGAGUGGGUGCAGCGGAUGCCUGCUCCGUCAACUUUACCUUCCUGGCGGAUCCCCGCCAGAUGUGCUACAAUGUGGAGAUGGCUCCGUCGCCGGAGCGCAAGAAUGAGUCCUAUUUGAACAUCAAGGAGGUGCCGCUGGGCGAGCACAACUACCAUGUUAACCAAUUCGAUCGCAUCCGUCAGGAGCAGGCCAACGAUCUGAUGAUCAGCUCGAGCAUCUCCAGGAUGAAAACCUUCGGAGCCUACAAUCCGCCGAUGAGCGAGCAGGAUGUGCGCCACAUGCUGGGCGAUGUGUCCGGCGGAGUCUACUGCGUCUGGCGGGAGAACAACAGCUGCGACGAGGUGGUCAAGACCAUCGCCGUGGGCAUCUUCGAUCUUAGUGCCAGGACCAUCUCCCUGUACUCCGACAAUCCCAGCGAGACGGAGCCACACUGCCGCCUGCCGCUCCUCUACAAGUAGAUCCGUUGGGGCAGCCAUGGAAGUCUCGAUCAUCCAUCGCGUCUUUGCUUAAAUAUUCCCAAUGACUAACAUGAAAUCCAUCUAUGAUCUAUCAGAUACAGGUAUUGCCCUAUAAGUAGGGCCUUUUUCUUACCGCGCCGCGAUUUCAAUCUGCUCUACUCUUGAUUUCACCAUGUAUGCGCAUAUAUUUUAACGAAUUAUAACCAAGCUAUAUCAAUUUAUCAGUAUACUAACAUUUUUAAACAUUUGUAAACCAAAAA